AUGGUAGACGUAGGCACGUUGGUGUACGUAGACGAAGACUUCGCCAGUAAGGCCACUGACCGUAGAUCAGUUUCGGGAGCACUAGUUCUAGUAGCUGACUGUCUUGUUGCUUGGAUUUGUAGGACGCAGAAAUGUGUCACACUUUCAACAACUGAAGCAGAGUAUGUUGCGAUGGGUGACGGUGUAAAAGAGGCUCUGUUUGUCAACGGAAUGCUCGAGUUCUUGAGGCCUAGUGAUAGAAUCGGUAAGAUUCAGGUACGAGAGGACAACGAGGGUGUGAUUGCACUUGCUGAGAGUCCACUCAGUUCGUGUAACAGUAAGCACAUUGACGUGAGGCACCACUUUCUCACGAGUUUGACAGAGGAGGGAUUGUUGGAAAUCAGGCAUGUCUCUAGCGAAGGACAGCAUGCGGACAUUCUGACGAAGGCUCUGCCGAGAGAUCUUUUUGAAGUUCAUCGUAAUUUUGCUCUAGGUUUGAUUUCUGAGAAGAAGUAGUCUAGUGACCUGAGUUGUGUUUUAUUUUGGUUGUUGUUGUUCUGAUAUAUAUUUGAUCUGGUCGAGACAACAGCCCCAAGGGAGGGUGUUCGUGAUAGUUGCUGCUGUGUGUGUCGACAGAGUGACGUAGAACAACUUGAUUGGACAGUUUGCAUUGCGGGACUGUCUGCGUUGAAGAUCGUUGAGUAGCCACAUAUUAUCAGAACAGCAAGGAACUUUAUGUGGGAAUGUAUGGUGCAUUACCCCGAGUGUGUUUCUUAUGGAUAGUGCAUCAGUCAGAGGAUUGAUGGUACGUUGUGAUGUACGUUAGCCCCUGUCUGUUGAGUCUUUGUGUUCCGAUAUCAUUGUGUUCUGCUUUUGUGCGUUGGUCGAGCGACACGGGUGGUGGCUGCGGUGCUACGGUGCUGUGGUGCUCCCCACCCUUGC